CUCCUACCCGCCUACCAUACCUGCAAAUGUCAAUCACGAGGCAGUAGCGAUGACGAUAAUGAUUGCGUACGAAGCUAUCUACUUGCUACCCACCUACCCACCUACCCAGGUAGUUAUCAGUGUGUUUUACAAGACCAGGCAUUUCACAAAGUCAAUUGCUCUGCAACAAGCCAGCUACUAGCAACAAAUCCAAUUGGUCGCACGUCGCACAAUGGCUACACCAUGGAUUCCCCGACUGCAUCUCUGGGAGAUCGACGAUCAGCCGUGGUUCCCCUCCUUCCUCCGCAGCUACGUCCAGGUCGGCCUAACGCACGCCUGGACCACGCACCUCCCGCUGCUGCAACCCAGCAGCCCCGCCACCCUCGUGGCCGCGAUCCUGCGGCGCGUGCUCGGCGCAUCCGUGUCGCAGCACACUUACAUCGACUUCUGCGCGGGCGCGGGAGGUCCCACGCCCUUCAUCGAGCGAGCGCUGAACCAGCAGCUCUCCGACUCUACCUCCACCAAUACCGCCACCACCAACACCACUACUUCUCCCACCGCGCCUAGUUACGCCGCCGUCGCCGACCCCAAAACCGCAUCCGCCACCGCCGUAGACUUCGUGCUUACGGACUUGCACCCGAACGUCGAGUCCUGGGAGGCCGCGAGCCAGCAGAGCGAGCACCUGAGCUACAUCGCACGUCCUGUCGACGCUUCCGCGGCGCCUGCCGAGCUUCUGGCCCAAUACGGGAAGGAGACCAAGAACGGCAAGGGGAUAUUCCGGCUCUUCAACCUGGCGUUCCACCACUUCGACGACACGCUCGCGCGCGCGAUCCUGAAAAACACGCUUGAGACCAGCGAGGGGUUCGGUAUCUUCGAGCUCCAAGAGCGCACCCUCUGCGGCUUCACCACCUGCAUCCUCUUCGGCGUCUUCAUCCUGCUGAUCGCGCCCUUCCUAUACUGGUGGUCCCCGCUGCGUCUCCUCUUCGUCUACCCCUUGCCCGUCGUCCCUUUCGUCCUCGUCUUCGACGGCCUCGUCUCCUCGCUGCGCACCCGCACCGCCGACGAGGUCGAGGCCCUGCUGCGCACCUGCGGCGCCGACUGCGACGGCUGGGAGGUCAGGAGCGGCCGCGAGCGCUUCCUCUGGCCUUGCGGAUACUUGGGCUGGGUUAUCUGCACUAAGAAGGCGACUGCGUUGACGUGAAGACUCAAGAGGGACGGCGUUGUCGGUUCUUGGAAGGAAUUCGGGCCGCUGGGUAGGAUAGGAUAGGUUCAAUUUCGGCACGAAAAGCCAGGAUAUCUAAGCAUGACAAAAUAACGCAUUGGGCUUUCCUGCUUACAUAUACCAGCUCGGAGCAUUUCCGCUGUAAUUUAUAAUACAACGUGAGAUCUUAGAAAUAGCACCUGGAGACCUAGAAGGAUCGUGCAGUAGACCCUAGAUCUAGGCUGGCCAGUUGUAUUCCUUGUUGUUGAGGUUACCUAUAUCGGUCAUCAAGGUUAUAUUCUACACUAGUAGAUUACAUGGAAUCAAAUCAUUGCAGCCAGGCUGC